AUGACGUCGCGAAGAAGAUUCCUCAUUGGUCCAAUAUGUUUUGUACAUGUGUUCACAUUUGGUAUCUAUAAUAGCACGAUUGUUCUGUUUUAUCCGGAAUACCUCGGGAAAUUUCUAUUUCCGAAUACCACUUCCGAAACUUCGGAUAGCUCUGUAUGUAAAAGUGAAGGUAAUUCAACAGAAACUGAGAACGGCAAAAUCAUCCAAACAGAAGUAGCCAGGUUUUCUAUCUACGCGUCCUUGUGUGUGGGUAUUCCAUGUAUUAUUGCCAAUCUACUGCUUGGAAGCAUCAGCGACCGAUAUGGCCGAAAGAAAAUGUUGAUGAUUCCAACCAUUGGUUUACUCUUAGUGGAAAUGUCAACGGCUAUUUUGAUGUAUUUCGAAAUAAAUCUGAACUAUUUUCUGAUUCCCAUGAUUUUCCAAGGCUUUGUGGGGGAUACAUUUUCCUUGGUACAGUUUGUCAUGUCUUAUGUAUCAGAUAUAACAGAAAAUAACAGAUCGAGGACUUUCGGAAUAGCUAUAAUUGAAUGCUGUAUCGGAAUGGGUGUUGUGAUUGGCGGGUUAGUAGCCGGAUAUGUAAUCGAAGCUUUCGGUUAUAUGUGGCCAGUGGUAAUGUCUUCUCUCUGCAAAAUCUUAAAUAUCAUUCUCAUAUUCUGUCUACCUCCAACCAACAUUCAAAACAAAAGUACCGAUUCGUGGAAUCUGAAAAUGGUUGUGGACUUCCUUAAACAGUCGCUUCAAUUUUAUUAUUCGAAAAAAUAUCGCGGAGUUCGAUGGAAGUACAACAUCUGCAUCACGGUCUACAUUCUAGGCUGUGUCUGUCUCAUUGGUCGGAAUGCAGCCGAAGUCCUUUACAUCAUCAGUCCGCCAUUUUGUUUCAGUCCAGUGCUUGUGGGAUGGUACCACGCAGCACAACAUACCUUACAACAGGGAAUAUCGAUGCUUCUCAUACGGGUCUUUCUGGUUUUUAUGAAUGCAGAGGCAAUUUCAAUAAUGGGUGCAUUAUCCGGGAUUGCUGGUUUCAUUGUACAGGGGGUGGCUGGAUCAACAACCAUUUUAUUCUUGUCCCUAGUUAUCGGCUUUGGAAUGGCACUUGGUAUUCCAACGAUGAGAGGUAUCAUGUCUAAAGAAACACCUAGCGAAAGUCAAGGUGCUCUGUUUGGUGGUAUGGCAGCAGCUCAAACCGCUUGUACCUACUUUGGAUCCCUGGUUUUUGGCGCCAUUUAUGAGGGUACAGUGUACUUCUUUAAUGGGACAGUAUUCAUGUUUAUGGCAGGACUGUGCCUCAUUUCUUUUGUACUGUCAGUAUGUCUUCUCAUUAUUCCAAAGUGUAGUGCCAUUAGGGAUGCACCAGCAAUGGAAGAGAAAGACGGAAAAAUGAAUGCCUAUAAACUAGAGGCUCAAAAGUGA